CGCCCUCUGCAGGCAAUAAGAGGACAGGAUAUACCGAGUUGCUAGUAAACUUCUAAAAAAAUUGCAAAAAUGUCGGCGCCUACUGUUAAGAAAAGAAGAAUUUUAUCGAAAACUGAUGAUGAACAAAGCAGAAGUUCAUCACCGAAGAGAGAGUCGAAAAAGGCAGUACAUGUCAAAGUCAAAAGGGAGCAGUCUCCAUAUGAUGAAGAGAAAGAAGUAGCAGCCCGAGACAAGGAGAAGGAUCUACAGCUUCACAAUGAGACCUCUACGAAGCUAAGGAACUUGAUGGCUGACAUCCAUGCCUACAAAUCUAAGGAGCAGUCAGGGAAGGACGAUGAGAUUGAUGAGAAGCAGAAAGAAGUGGCCCUCUUGUUUGUAACUCUGAAGAAAUUAAAUCGUGUGUCUCAUCUCCGAUGUAAGAAGGCUCGGGACGAGACCCAGGGAGCCAAGCAGAAGGUGGAUAACUUGCAUCUUCAGCUUCAGAACCUACUCUAUGAGGUCAUGCAUCUACAGAAGGAGAUCACAAAGUGCCUCGAGUUCAAGUCCAAGGAUGAAGACAUUGAGUUAGUGGAUGUGGAAACGUUCUUCAAAGAAGCUCCUCCCAGCAUCUCUAAACCCUCCACCACAAAGCAUGAUGAACACAAGCUACAAUUAGCCAGGCUAGAUUGGGAAUUAGAGCAAAGGAAAAGAUUGUCCGAGCAGUACAAGGCCAGGCAGGGAAACCGUGAUGGAGUGGCUAAGAGUAUACACCAGAAGAAAGAUUACCUGGAGAGCUUACAACCAAGACUCUCUAAUAUUCUUGAGGCUACCAUCCCUGUUCAGCAGCACUUAUCAAUGCCUUUCAAUGAGAUCCGAUCUCAGCACCAGCUAGCCAAGCUUCUACCCAGGCCACUAUACUUCCUCUAUGUGCAGGCCAAUGCAUACCAUGAAGCUUGUGAUGGAUCUAUGAGUCUGAAGAUAGAAGGUGAUGCAGAGACUGCAUCCUCUACUCUCUCUGCUUCCAAUGAGGAUGAGGAGGAUAGCGACUCAGAUAGUGAAGAAACACUGUCUGAAUCAAAACGCAGGAGAAAGACGAUGGGAGACAAGCUGGAAGAACAGAGACAGAAGAUUCUUGCCAAGCAUCCUCUACAAGUCAUUAUGACUCUCAGAUUCAAAGCUUGUGGUACUUUACUGACUUUAACAUUCAACUACAUGAUGGUGCUUCAGAUCAUUACUGUUAAUGUAGACAUCAAGCUUGGUGGUUCUGUACAGCAGGUUGCCAACUCAGCCAGCGGUCUCUUGUCGCCGUCAAAUCUGCUGAGCUUGCUGUUCCCAGGGGAUGAUGGGAAGGAAUCGCCCAAAACAACCAACGCCUAUCAGCUUAGCAAGAUAGGAAUGAAUGACCUGGCCUCGUACAUUGGUCAGAUCGGUCAUCCAUACCGCUGGGUCCAGUGGUUAGGUGGGCUAGAUUUCUUAUCAGACAGUGGUGGGAACACGGUCAAGGCCUCAGCAGCCCUCAGUAACAGUCAUAUGGAGUCAACGGUCAAGGCCUUGAAGUCCAGGGUCAAGGCCAGACUGACACUCAAUCAGCAGCUGCUCAGUCUAGAAGGGAAAACAAUAGCAGUUCCUGCAGCCUCUAUCAACCUGUUCCCAACCAAGAUCUGUUCAUCUCUCAAAUCCUGGACAACAAUAACUGCUGAAGACUUCCAGGUUAUUCCAUUCUUGAGAGGGCACCCUUCUGCUGACAGACUGGAUGACUCGCAUACAAUCUUUCAAGCUAUGAUGGAGCGAGGCUCAGCCAAGCUACAGGUAUUGAUACUGCUCGGCCUAGACUACCCUAACCAGCCACCUCAUUUUAUUCUCAAUCUUCAGUGGGUAGGACAACGCAACUCCAACAACGAUCUCCACAUCAGGGAUAUGGAGGCCGAGUUAAACAUCCACUAUGGUGAGCUGAUCGGUAAGACGACCGUCAACCAUCUGAUGACUAACCAGCUUCAGAGGGUUCUUAUGUGUCUGGAUGUGUACCUAGAGACCCAGCAGGGGCGCAGGAGAGAUGAACAGGCAGUAGGAGGUACAGAGGGACCAACAGAGUUUGUCAUGGAGAAGAUGUAUACAAGAGUGACGAGGGGUAGGAAUCGAUCCAAGCCAUUCAAGUACAACUCUCUGCAGGGAUACUUCAUGCAACGUCUUUAACAUCAAGGACAGUCAGCAUUCCAGUUCAGCUAGGGACUUUAUUUGCUUGUAGACUAGGUUGUGGUAAUGUGGUGGAAAUCCUAUAGUAACACAGACUGAAAUCCAUCUUGAAAUCUAUGAAUUCACAUAUUCAUCAGCUGAUAUCUCUUGUGUUUCUAUGAAUCUGCUUUUAUUUGUUUAAAAUUAAAUUUGAUCCACUCUUGCUAGCUGAGUCAGUUUACAAUGUUCAUAUGGAUUUAAGAGCAAUUCCAUACCAUGAAAGCCAUAUAUACCAACAUGUUUCCAGACAGGUUGGUUUAACCGGACAGUUCAUAUCAAACAGUAUUUUAAAGAAGUUUACAUGCAAUAUUUCAUAAAUCUUUUCUUAAGACUUAAUUUGGACAAUAUAAUAAAGGGCAAAAAUAUGUGAUGGUGAGUGCCAUUUGAUGCCUAUUUCAUGUUAGUUCCAAACGCACAAAUGACAACUUUGAUUUGUUAAGCCUGUGGACACACAUACCCCUAAAUAUAUAUGUUCUAUGUAGGUGUUUAUGUGACCAGGGGCCUCUUGCCUUUAAAGUUGCUUUCACCCAUUAUAUACCCAGACCAAAGUAACUUGAGCUGGAGUCUUAUGAGAAGGUGUGCUGUAUCAAAAUGUAAUUGGAUCCAAGAAUUUAAAAAACAUCCCCCAAAACCAGGAACAAAACAACAACAACCAAAUGUAAGUUCCAAAUAAAUGAUCCUGAUUGGUUGAAGAUUAAGUUUCAUUUAUUUUCUUUUGUUGUGUUUAAAUGUAAAUUUGUAUACGAGAGGCCCGAGGUCACCUGUUAACGUAGAACUCGCAUCUGUGGGAAAUUUCAUAUUCAUUUCAAUUCAUGUUGUUCAUUUGCUUAAAACCCAUCAAACUCAUAACAGAAGUGUAAAGACAAAAGACCAAUUCAUACCAAACACUAUUCUAUAGUCAUGCAUGCAACACUCUGCACUAUUCAAUAUCCAAUAAGCAAAAACUGUUUCUUUACAAUUGUGAAGACCUUUGGUUUCUUCAGUUACGGUUAAAAUACAUAUGGAAGUUGAUACUGAUAACAUAUUUUUUGUUUUUUAUAUUGCAAUUUUUCAAGCAAAAUUUAGAAAUAAAGGCUUUUAAUUUGAAUGAUGUUAAGUUAAACAAAUUACUUUUGAUCUGUACCAGAACUCAACAUUUUAUUAAAAAUGAUUUUGUUAAAACAAUGCAGUUAAAUUUUUAUUAUGUCAGACAACAUAGAAGUACACAAAUCAUAAGGCGCAUCCACCAUAAUGUAGUGUUUUAUUUUCAUUUUAUUGAAAAAUUGUUUUGUACAAAGGUACAUACCUGUAUAUUCACAUUUUGUAAACAUCAUGUCAUGUAUAUACAUACGAGCCUAGAAGGGUUUUAAUAAUAAAAUAAGACCUGAAUGAAAUCUUUAAA